AUGCCUUCCCAUAUGGCAUCAAGCUUUGCUUCGGCCGCAGCAGGCCAAGGCUCCGGUCGCGAUUCUCGCAGCGGGAGGGGAGAUGGACGCGGGAGCGGGGACUGGGCCCGAAGAGAAGCCCGAUCAACUAAUGGUACUUUGACCCUCCGCCGCUCCUCAACCACUCCAUUCGCAUCGACAGCGUCCCAAGGAGAGAGCCAGCUCUCUACAUCCAGCUCAGAGAUACAGUCAUCACAGCAAGCAUCAAAUUCUGCAUACGACCUACCCACCGAUGCACGUUACUCUAAGAACCAGCUGCUGGAUAUCUACAGGGCGCAAGAAGAUCCGGGAGCUGCUAAUGGGGAGAUUUCGCGCCUAUUUGUCAACAAUUGGAAUCCGGAACGAUCAAAUGGCGCAAAUGGACGGAGUGGAUGGGGCAAGAGCAAUGAUGGAAGGGACACGUACGGCCCGGAAAUUUGCUGGGAUAUAAAUGGAAGCGUCCGCCCCGUGGGUCUGCAAGAAAUGGCGGAAGAGGAAAAAAUUCUCUUCUCAAGCGAUGUUAAUUCUCCUCUAAAGCCGCCGCCCCAGAACACGAACAAGGACCCAAAUGCACAAGGUUUAGGUGCAAAUGGACGCAAAACAUCUAUUUCCCACGCACAGGGCUCGGGUGCGUUUGGGCUCUCCUCUCCUGUGUCUAGCAGACCAGGCGUACGUCGCCAGCAAACUAGCGAUUCCGUUACAGGCCUACCAUCACCUGCUGGUACCGGACGAUUUUCUAGGGAGGACGCUUCCUCAUUCUUCAACCGCAAAUUCAACGAUUCCAAGGAGGGAGAUGACCGGGCGGAAGAAUCGAAAUCAGGUUUACCGUUUGGUGGCUUGAUGCGUAGCAAUACCGCCGGAAGUGCACUUGGAAAUGGACCACCAUCUCCUUGGGGGCCCCCAUCAGCUAGUGCAGCUAUGUCACCAAUGGGGAAUUUUGGAAGCUUCGUGCUAGGCGGCGCCGCCCCAAAUCCUCCAACACCCAGCGAGAAGCGACCAGGGCUAGGAAGUAUGCGAGGAGAGAGUCGUCUGGCGCAUCUCAUGCCGAAGGAUGCUUCAGAAGAACCGGUUCCAAGGUCUGCUGAGCGAUCUUGGAGACCUAGGCCUCGCACUGAUACGGAUCCGUUUGGCGACGAAUCUCCAGCGGGGAGUGCUGCUCUCGGUGGGGGGCAAGACACCAGUCCACCGAAUCCUCAGCGAAGGGCCCCAGGUCUAGAUACUCCAGUUCGGGGAGCCUCAAGUGAUUUUGGUUUCUCUGACAUGCCAGGCUUUCGUGAUCAACAUCCACAAAGCCAUCAGACUCCACAAGGGCAUAAAGGAAAACAUGAGCCGCUGAGCCCAUCGGAAACAAAUCCGUACCGCAGCCCACCUGAAGAUAGGAAUGAGAAUGAGGAGGGAAGUUUUGAUGGGGAGCCAUCCCAGCAAAGCAGGCUCCACGGUCUUGGCGGUAUUCCUGAACAUGGGCUCAAUUCUUUGGGCGCACUACCGCGAGGGUUCUCCAAUGCACCCUUCGAAGGUAGCGACCGCAGCCAGACGUCAAGCGCGGGUGCCUCCAAAGGCUUCCCUACAUUGGGGUCACUUGGUGGUCUAGGAGGCAUAUCUGGUUGGCCAAGUAGCGGCAAUCCUAUUGGAACUCCAGAUCGUGAAAAUCGAGCUGGUUUCCCAACUGCAUUCGGCAACUCAAUAUUUGGAAAUGCCGGCGAGCUUCAGUCUCCAACACUGGGAGGGCUCGGGAGCAUGUUUGGUCCAGGCCCAUCCGGGAAUAUUCCUGGCACCAAUACUAUUGGUCGUGGCAGCAAGCUGGGAUCGUUGUUUCCUGCUGCUAUGCAAGCGCAGAUGCAGGUCGACAAUGACAAUUCCGGUGAGGGUGGUGAUGGGAGACAGAGCAGUACUUUUGGUGCCAUUGGUAGGGGUGGUUUCCCCUCUGCCCGUGAAACCGAAAGCCCAAUCCGGACUGGACGGCACCCGUUUGAGGAUUUGUUUCCACCAACUUCAGAUACUUCUCGCAACCAGGGCCCGCUUUCAUCAACCGAAACUGCCCCAGGACAAAGUGCGACGUCUUUUGCUCAGAGUUCGUCUGCUCAAUCUAAUUACCAGCAGUCCCAAGGUUCUUCGGAUUCGUCUAAUCAGCUACCUGCGACUCAGCAGCGGAUGAUGGUGAUGCCAGAUAGAAUGAGAUGGGUGUACCUGGAUCCCCAAGGCCAUGUUCAGGGCCCAUGGUCCGGUCUUGAAAUGCACGAUUGGUACAAGGCAUCCUUUUUUACGGCAGAUCUUUCUGUAAAGAAAGUUGAGGACUCCGAAUUUGAGCCCCUUGGUCAAUUGAUUCGGAGGAUUGGCAACUCUAGAGAGCCGUUCCUUGUUCCCCAGAUUGGUAUCCCCCACGGCCCACCUACGACUCAAGCCGGGACGCCAUUCGCGCCAGCGGCAACUGCUCCCGGGACAAGCGCAGGCCAACCUGGGUCUGUCCAGCCUCCUUUUGCUGGAGCGUUCCCUAGCUUUGGUACUACCUUGACCGCAGAACAGCAAAACAACCUAGAGAGACGGAAGCAGGAGGAACAAUACCUAAUGGCUCGCCAGCGAGAGUUCUUGGCCCAGCAGCAGGUCAAUAUGAAGCAAAUGCAGAUGGGAGGGCUCCCAUCUGGCUUGCAUCAUCACUCUAGUGCCCAUAGUCUUCAAAGCCAGCCAAGUUUUGGAAGCAUGACCUCCCCGAUCGGGAUGCCCUCACAACCCCCACUACCAGCUGGAACUAGCUUUUUUGACCAGGCCAGACCACUUCCAGGUCAGGCGCCAAGUGGAGUGGCAUCCGACUUUUUUCGUGAAGACGAGCUCGCCCGUCUAAGUCUCCAAGACCGCCAGCAACUCUUUAAUGCUGUCGCUCCAGGAUCGCAACCAUCAACUCAUGCGCAACAAAUUGCAGCGAUAUUUGGUCAGCCGCCUGGUCCUCAGCGGGAGGCUGCCAGGGCAGAACAACAUCAAAAUGAUCCAGAGGGGUUUAAGGCUCGGCUUCGUGAGUUCGAGCAGCUAAGGGAGCAGCAUGAUUUAGAGGAAGCUGCUCAGUCCGCUGCCAACAUCUCCAGUGAACCAAUUGCUCCACCGCAACAGCCUGCGCAGGAGCCGCACAAGGAAUUGUUAGGACAAUUUGAAGAACAGACGUCCGAUUCCAAAGAAUCGGAAAUCCUUUCUCUGACCCAGCAAGUCCAGAAGGCCGCAUCGGCAAAACAGUCACCUAUCUCAAUCCAACCUGAGUCACCAUGGGCAAAAGUUAACACCAAUCUUCCAAUGCCUUUCCCACCACCACAGUCAACCACCCCUCUUCCGGCGCCGACUGCUCAAAGAGGUCAUUCCAACUUACCCGAGGCUCUCAAUGCAGAGGCUAGAUCUCGCUCCGAGACACCAGAGGUCGCCGCUGCCGCAUCAUCUUUGGCACCCUGGGCGAAAGAGCCAGUAGAAGCAGCCAAGGGCCCGUCACUCAAAGAAAUUCAGGAGUCCGAAGCAAAGAAGGCUGCUAAAGCUGAGGAGGCUGCCGCCGCCGCUCGCCGUGCUCUGCACGAACAAGAGCUAAAGAUGCGCAGCAGCCCAGUGGUCGCUCCCGCCCCCGGAUUGCCAACAACUUCAACCUGGGGAAGCACUGCAUCACCCUCCAACCCCGCAGCGACGGUAUCCCCCUGGGCAAAAUCAACUCCUUCGAAGGCGCCGGUUGCAAGUAACGCUAGCUCCACCAAAAAGACGUUAGCAGAUAUUCAACGUGAAGAACAGCUCCGCAAGCAGAAGCUUGCUGCCGCCACGGCUGCUGCCCAACCAGCACCUGUUGCUACUGGUAAGCGAUAUGCCGACCUUGCGAGCAAAACUACGGCUACUGCCCCUGCAAGCGGGUCUGCUUGGUCAACAGUUGGGGCUGGCGGAAAAGUCAAGAUACCAACUGGUCCAGCUGCUGCUGCCACAGCUGCCCCACCGGCAAUCAGAUCUCUGAGCAGUGCAAACGUCGCCACGACUUCUAGUACUCGUGCUCCCGCUAGACCUGUGGCAACGACACGCAGUGUUACGACAAGUGGUGCAACCGCCGCCACCUCUGCCACCGACGAAUUCGCCAAAUGGGCCAAGGGAUCUCUCGCGAAAGGCUUGAACUCCGAUAUCAAUGUUGACGACUUCGUCCACAUGCUCUCGACUUUCCCCGCAGAGGCCGGCAUUAUCGCCGAUAGUGUCUAUGCCAACUCUCAAUUAAUGGAUGGUCGUCGCUUUGCUGAAGAAUUCCUUCGCCGUCGCAAGCUGGCCGAGAAAGGCGUUGUCGAGCCUUCGAACACGGGAUCUGGCACUGGCUUCUCCACUGUCGGUGACAAAUCUAGUGGUGGCUGGAGCGAAGUUGCUAAGAAGGGACCCCCAAAGGAAGAACCCACUGCCGGGUUCAAGGUCGUUCCUAACAAGAAGAAGGGAAAGAAAUAG